AUGUCUACGAGACAGCGAAUGCUACAAGACAAAAUGAGAAAAAGAGAACAGAGGCAAAAGCCUGCAGGGAUUCUGCAAGAUGAAGUUUCAGCUCUGACGCCACAACAGUCUGCUGUCCCCUGCGGAACAGUAGAUGGAGCUGAUUUAGCUCCUCCCGGUAAUUUUCCGGGGCUUGGUUCCAUGGGGUUUCCACCUAAAGAGGAAAAACCCCUGGCCAGGGUGCAGGCCUCACCUCGAGUGAAAAUGCAUUCACCUGCCCCGAGGUUGUCACCUCCUCGGGGAAGUCGUCUGUUUGUCCAUGACGAGGGCAAGGCACCGUCCACUGACUCCCCACCGUGGGUUUGUGCUCCACCGAGGGCACCUGGAUCGGACAUAGUGCAUAUGUCUGAUCCAGCAGGACAGGCGCAGCUGGAUACCUCCAGGAUGGAGGAGACCAGUAGGAUAUCAAAAGAUGAGGGCACUUUAACGAAUACUAAACAGGAAUUUGAACGAAUAUCAAAAGGAAACUUGAACGAAAAACAUGAUAUUAUAGAAAGUAUAAUCAGAGAAAGAGAUAUGUUGGAGACUGUAGAAAGUAUGAUGGAUUUCAGAGAUGAUACAGAGAUCAUAGAAAAUGUCACAGAGUCAAGUGAUAAAACUGAUGAUAAGGAAGAAAUGAAGGAAACAAAUGAGAGUAAGGUAUUUAGAAAAGUGAGUGGAAAAAGAAAUGGUAAAAGUUGGAAUAUGAAAGAUGUAAAUGAACGUGAUCAGGGAGAAGGUUGUAGUGUGCAGGAUGAGGGAAAUCAUGAUUUGAAAGCAAGAAGUUUAUACACUGUAUCUGUCCAGGGCUCUUUCCAUCAAGCUGAUCCUAUGUUUGGUGACACUGCAGGAACUCAAUGUGUUGCAAAUUGUUUAUCAGGUUUGGCUUAUCAUGUUCUGAAAAGUGCACAAAUAUGGCAAACAGCUGAUGUUAACAAAGUUUUAGUGAAUGGAGAUGAACUUUACACAUACCUGCAAAACUGUUCUUCAAUUACAAGUAGGUAUUUGUUAGUUGAUGAGUUACCACAGUAUUUUGAAUGCUUUAGCAACACAUUUGACUUUACAGUGAAGGUCUCGGUGCCAAGUUUUAUCAGCUUAUCAGAGGAGGAGCCAUGUUAUGAAGAUUUUAAUGCUUAUCCUCUUUUUGAAGCUCUGCAAGUGGCACUUACUGAAACAAAUGGGUGUUUUGUGUGUUUUGGGGGAAAUACCCUUUUAAUUGGAAAAACUACUGAUGGAUUUUUCAUAUUUGAUUCACAUGCACGAUGCCCUCGGGGAUAUCUAAGUGUAAGAGGAAAGAGUACAAGAAUUUUGUUAAAGGAUGUUCAGGAUGUGUACUUUCAUCUUAGGUCUCUGGCUCUUUCUAUGGGAUUUUCAAGAACUGUUGAAUGUGAAUUAACUGGAGUGUUGUGUUCACUGAAGCAUUUUGGUAUUGCAGAUGUUUAUGAGGCUGAAGGUUCUCAAGAACAUUCAGAAGCAAACUUAAGUUUUAGGCAAGGUGCCUCAAUGCAUUCAGUUGAUGAAGAAACUAAGAGAUAUUCAGCAAUGUUGAAAGAAUCAAACGAAUGUGGGUUACUGUCAGAACAGUCGGGGGUAUUGCAGAUAGAGGAAGUGAUUUUUAUGGGCGAGGAAGUCAAACAACAUGAUUUUAUUCCCUUAUCUGUACAGAAACAAAGGGAGUUGUGCAAAGAGUUGGGAUUUUCUUAUUCUGAUUCUAGAUGUGAAUAUUAUGCAGGGCCCGUUAAAGACAUGGAUACACCUAUCAACUGUAAAGUGAUAGAAGGAGAUGGAAAUUGUUUUUUUAGGGCAAUAUCAUACAGUCUAACAAACUCUGAGAAGUAUCACCAGCAUCUUCGAAAAGCUGUUUGUCAAUACUUGUUGAAAUAUGAACAAAAGUUUCAGCAGUUUAUGAGGUCUGAGGGAUCCUUAAGGUCAUAUUUACUUUCCAAUAAAAUGUCAGAGGAGGGUAUAUGGGCUACUGAAUUGGAGAUUCUUGCAAUGUCACAUAUGUUGAAUAUAGACAUUUAUACUUAUUCAGAUAUGAAAUGGAUUCAAUUCAGUGGGGAAGAACCAAAUCAUGAAGUGGUUGAAAAUGAUGGGGCUAUUUAUUUAUACCACAGACAGCAGAAUCAUUAUGAUGUGGUUUUAAGUGUAGCUGCAAGAAUGUUGGAAAACGGAUCAUUCAUCCAAAACAGUUCUAGCAAGAGAGAGUAUAACUUGCGCAGAGGAAAUCGACUUCGAAUGAAAGGACAACGAAAUGCUUGUCAAAUGAAAAGGCCAUUAAAGUUAAAAGAAACUCGUAGAGACACAUUUAGGAAAAAGUACAGGGAAAGUGAAGAGUUCCGGGAAAAAAUGUUGGAGCAAAAGAAAAACAUGUACUCAAAUGCAGAGCAUAAGUUAAAAACUCAGAUGAAGAACAAAGAAAGGUAUCAUGCUUUAGACUCAGAACUACGAAGGGAAGUACAACGAGCAAGUAGAAAAAGAAGUAAACUGAAGUACUCAACUAACGUUGAACACAGAGAGGAGAAGAAGGGGAAAAGUAUAGAGAAGUACAAGUGUGAUGCUCAGUUCAGAGAACAAGUGAAGGAAAAGAGCAAAGGAAAGUACAGGGCAAACAUAGAACAUCAGAGACAUGUCAAGAAAGCUAGUACUGAAAAGUACAGGACUGACUUGGAACACCAGGAACAUGUAAAAAAGGCUAGUACUGAAAAGUAUAAGACAAACUUGGAACAUCAGGAAAAUGUAAAAAAGGCAAGUACUGAAAAAUACAGGACAGAUUUAGAACAUCGGGACAAUGUUAAGAGAAGAAGCACAGAAAAGUACAAAACAGACCCAGUACACAAGUCGAGAGUAAAACAGGGAGUAUUAAAAAAAUACAAAGAGAAUGAAACAUAUAGGAUAAAAAACAAAGCUGCUAAUGUUCUUAGAUACAGUACAAAUGAAACUUUUAAAGCAAUUGUGAAGGAAAAAGCAGCAAGGAGAUAUCAGACUGAUACCGAAGUCCAAUCAGAAAUGAAGAAACGUAGUAAGGAUGGCUAUCACUCAUCUGCAGAAUUGAAAAGGAAGAAAAAAGAAAAAGUUUCACAAAUAAGAAGGCUGAAGCAACUGAAUUUGGAACAUGAAGAGGAAGUUAUCAGAUUGUUUAAGAAAAAUGCAAUGGAGGGACCUGAUUUUGUUUGUACGUGUUGCCAUAGGCUAUUGUUUAAAAGUCAAGUUCAAGCUUGUGAAAGGCAGAUGUAUGAGAAAAGUGAAUCAGCAAGAACUAUUUCUAACAUAUGUUUGUUGGACAAGUAUUUACAUGAAUGUUCUGACUCAUGCCCAGAAGCAUGUACCAAGUCUUCAUUAUGGAUUUGUUAUACAUGUCAUAGGAAAAUAAUGAGUGGAAAAGCACCAGCUGAGGCUGCAGCCAACAGUAUGAUUCUGGAGGAUAUUCCACCCGAGUUGUGUAAAUUGAACAGUUUAGAACAGCAUUUGAUUGCAAUUCAUAUACCAUUUAUGAAGGUCAUGGCUCUACCCCAUGGUGGGCAAAAAAAUGUUCAUGGACCUGUUAUUUGUGUGCCUUCAGAUAUGAAAAAGACUGGCAGUUUACCAAUGAAGCAGGAGGAGAACUUGUUGUUACGUGUUAAAUUGAAAAGGAAAUUGAAUUACAAAGGCUAUUUUGAAUAUCAGUUCGUUAAUAUGAGCCAUGUCAUGACUGCUUUAUCAUACUUGAAAGAAAACAACCUUUGGUACAAAGAUGUAAAAAUUGAAUCAAGUAUUGAAGAAGGUUUGGCGAAUCAUGAGGAGAGGACAGAUGUUGUAAAUACAGAGGACAACGAAGAUAUUGAAGAGGAAAUUGUUUCAUUUGACACAUGUUUGCAGCCUGUUGAUGUUGCACAGGAAGUCUUAGACCACUACUUUGAUGAUGUGUACAAUAUUGCACCAGGUGAAGGGAAAAAUCCUAUUCGAAUGUUACAGGAACCUGGCAAUGAAGCAAAGGCAUUUCCUUGUCUUUUUCCAAGUGGUCGUUUUUCCUGGAAUGAAGAAAGAUCAGAAAAAAUAACACUUUGUAGGUAUUUCAACAAUAGGUUAAUGAAUGCAGAUGACAGGUUUGCUAAAGAUACCAAUUACAUUUUCUUCAGCCAGUACAUGUCUGAAUUGAACCAAGUGAUAGAAAAAACACAAAUUUCACUUCGAAAGUCACUUUCAAAAUGUACUAGUGGGAAGCCUGUAACAAUAAACAUGCUGCAAGAUCCAACUACUCUCUGUAGUUUGCUGAGAAAUGAUGAUGCAAUAAGAUUUAUGCAACCGAUAAGAGGAACACCAGCUUAUUGGGCAAGUGCUCAAAAGGAUCUCUUUGCAAUGCUGCGACAAUUAGGCAUCCCUACUUGGUUUUGUUCAUUUUCUGCAGCAGAGUACAGAUGGAAUGACGCUGUUAAAGCUAUAUUGCAACAGCAGAAUGAUAACAGAAAUCCUGAUGAAAUGGAAUGGUCAGAAAAAAAUGAAGUUCUAAGAUGCAAUCCAGUCACAGUGGCUAGAAUGUUUGACCAUAGAUUUCAAGUAUUUCAUAAGGAGGUUAUACUUUCCCCAGCAGAACCAAUUGGAAAAGUAGUAGACUUUUUUCAAAGAGUGGAGUUUCAGCAGAGAGGAUCACCUCAUAUGCACUGCUUAUACUGGGUUGAGAAUGCACCCAAUAUUGAUUCUGAUGGGGAAGAGGUUGUAUGUAGCUUCAUUGACAGGUAUGUGACAUGUGCUAUACCAUCAGAAAGUGAUGACGCAGAACUGAGGAAAAGUGUCUUAGAUGUGCAGCAACACAGCAGAAAACAUUCAAAAUCUUGUAAAAAGAAGGGUACUGAAUGUAGGUUUAAUUUCCCGAGGCCUCCAUCACAAAAGACAUUCAUUACAAAUACACAGGACGAAGAGACCUCAAAUGAGGAUGAAACGGUGAGAAAAGUAAACAAGGAAUAUGCAAAGGAGAUAUUACUUAGUGUUUGGGAUAGAGUACAAAGUGAAGAUGACACAAUGAAAACAACAGAGGAAUUAUUUGAUAAUCUGUCACUUACACAGGAACUGUACGAAGAAGCCCAUAAUAUGCUAUCGACAAAAAAGUCAAUUAUUCUCAAACGAUGCCCACAUGAGGUAUGGACAAAUCAAUAUAACCGAUGUCUGCUGAAGUCCUGGGAUGCAAAUAUGGAUAUACAGUUUGUACUAGAUCCUUUCAGUUGCAUUGUUUAUAUUGUUUCCUAUAUAUCAAAGUCAGAGAGGGAAAUGGGUAUGUUACUCAAACAAACAAAGUUAGAAGCUGAGGAAGGAAAUCUCGACGCGAAACAGACCAUGAAAAAAAUUGGUUCUGCUUACUUACAUCACAGAGAAGUGAGUGCACAGGAAGCAGUUUACAGAAUCUGUAACUUAAAAAUGAAAGAAUGCUCUCGAAAAGUUGUUUUUGUGCCUGUAGGAGACAACCCGAUGCGCUUAAGUAAGCCAUUAUCUGUUCUGAAGAAGAAAUCAUCAAGGGCUUCAGAAAUAAUUGAUGAGGAAGAAGAAGACGAGAAUGAAGUUUGGAUGACCAACAUUAUAGAACGUUAUUUGAACAGACCAGAAAAACAAAUUUUCCAAGAGAUGUGCCUUGCAGAAUUUUGUUCUGAGUUCAGAGUUCUUGCUAAAUCCCAGGUUCCUAAGAAGGAAAAUCAAAAUGUCUUUGAAUUGCAGAAUGGGAAAGGAUUUGUUCAACGAAGAACUAGAACGCAACCUGCUGUUGUUAGGUAUCCAAGGUUCAGUGUUGAAAAAAUGUCAGAGAAAUACUAUCAAUCUCUUUUGCAACUUUUUCUUCCUUAUUGGACAGAGGCACAGUUGAAACCACCAGGAUUCGAGUUAUAUGAAGAUUUUUAUGAGACAGGCUUUGUAAAAAUUUCUGGCAGAAAAAUAAAGGAAUCUGUGAAGGCAAUUGUGGAUUUCAAUCAUUCACGUUAUGCAAAAAAUGAAGAUGUGAUUGACAAUGCUCAGGAGACAUAUGAGAUGAUUGGUGAACCCGAGGAUGCGUGGUCAAGAAUAUGUCCAGAAACAGAGGUUCUCAGAAGGGAAGGUAUAGCCCAGAGAAAGGAAAGUUCAGUACCACAGGAGGAAAAUGUGGAUAUUAUACCGGAGAUCGAAAGCGAGACACAUAAUGCAGAUGUCAUGUAUCAUAUUCAGCAAAGUGCAAUUACAAGAGAGGAAAUGUUACCUGUUCUUCAAAGGCUGAAUGAAACACAGAGUGAAGUAUUUUACUUGGUGCGUGAGUGGUGUCUUGCAAAGAUUAGAGGAGAGAAAUGUGAACCCUUUCAUUUAUUUGUUACUGGGGGUGCAGGAACUGGAAAAAGUCAUCUGAUAAAAGCCAUCCAUUAUGAAGCAUCACGUUUGCUUUCACAGAUAAUGUCUGAACCAGAUAGACUAUCAGUUCUUCUCGCAGCAUUUACUGGAACUGCGGCUUUCAAUAUUGGUGGAAAUACUCUUCAUCACUUGUUUUCGUUAACAAAGUUUCUGCCCCUCCCGUAUGAACCUCUUGGAGAACAAAGUCUCAGUGAAUUGAGAGUAAAAAUUGGAGAUCUGCAAAUUCUUAUCAUUGAUGAGAUAUCAAUGGUUUACAAAAGGCUACUGUACUAUAUACACGAAAGACUGGUGCAAAUUAAAAAAUGCAAAGAACCGUUUGGAGGGGUUUGUGUUAUUGCUGUAGGGGACUUUUACCAGCUUCCACCUGUUAAGCAGCGAAAAGAUGAAAGACUUUACAAAGAAAAUAUGAGUUAUCCUAUGGACUACCGGCUUGAUUUGUUUAAGGUCAUUGAAUUAAAAGAGAUAAUGAGACAGAGAGAAGAUCUGUGCUUUGCUGAAGUUCUGAAUUCCCUUCGUGUCAGAGAGAGAAAUGAACCAUUAACAGAGGAGCAACGUUCUCUGCUAGAUGACUGUAUCAUGGAAGGACCAGAAGAUGUUCUCCAUGUGUUCUCUACAAACGAAGAGGUUAAUACAUUUAAUUUGUCAAUGCUAAGGAAAUCUUGUGAAGAUUUACUGGAAAUUGAUGCUGAAGACUACAAGAAAGACAAAACAACCGGGAAACUCAUGCGGAGAACCACACCUUUGACAAGAUCGAAAAGCGAUGGAUUACCAAGCUCGUUGAUAUUGUCUGUUAAUGCCAGGGUAAUGCUCACAAGAAAUUGUAAUGUGGAGGAUGGGCUUGUGAAUGGAGUAAUGGGACAUAUCAGCCAGUUUGCUUUUGUAGAAAACAGCGAUAGAAUUGUCAAAGCUGUAGGAGUUGUGUUUGAUAAUAAGGAUGUUGGGAAGAAGUCCGGACAAAGCAUAAGCAAUACGAACAUAGUGUUCAUAGAAAGAGUGCAAGAAGAGAUAAAAGACAAGGUAUCCACGGUGGUUAGGCACCAAUUUCCAAUCAGAUUAUCUUGGGCAUGCACAGCUCAUAAGGUGCAAGGGAUGACGACAAACAAAGUUGUUGUAAAUUUAGACAAAGUAUUUGCACCAGGCCAGGCUUAUGUUGCAUUAUCAAGGGUUACAUCAAAAAGUGGUCUCUUUAUUGAUACAGAAGACCCUGUUCAAUUGCAAAGAACUGUUUAUGCUGACCCAGAGGUAAAAGCAGCAUUGAACGUAAUGCAGAAAUACAUUUUCGUCGACUCUUCACGGACCUUACCUGCCAAUGGAAUGAAAAUAGUUCUGCAUAACAUACAGAGCUUGAUCAAUCAUUUUGAAGACCUGAAAAAUGAUACAAGGAUCCAACAAGCAAGCAUUAUUUGUUUGACAGAGACAUGGUUAAGAUCGGGAGAAGAAAUCGAGAAUUAUGUUCUUCAGGGGUUUCAAUUUCAUCAUCUUCCUAGAAAAGAAGCAUAUGACGAGAGCACAGUUUCAAACCAGAGUUUACGCAAUUUGUCAAGAGGUGGAGGAGUUGGAUUGUACUUGAAAGAUGAGGAAAAUUAUUAUGAUGUUCUCCAACUGCCCAAGAUGAAUAUUGAAGGCAUAGCAGUAAAAAUACUGAAGGAGAAUAUAUUGUUGUUGAUUGUAUAUCGACCAUGUACGGCAAAAAUGACACCGUUCCUUCGGAAUCUUCAGAAUGUUCUUGACAAAUUGAAAACAAAUGAUCAAGACAGCAUCAUCAUAGGAGAUUUCAAUGAAAAUGCCAGUGCUAAUGGCCCAAUUCAAAGAUUUAUGAGAGAUCGAAACUUCAGACAGCUUGUGACAUUUAGUACAACAGAGGGUGGAACAAUUUUAGAUCAUGUUUAUGUAUCUAGUUCGAUACAGAUUGACGUUCAGAAAGUUCCAACAUAUUACAGUUAUCACGAUGCUCUACAACUGAAAUUCCUAGAUUUUUAA